AUAACUAUAUACAAAUAGCCACAAAGAAGUCAAGUCUAGUCUAGUCAAUGACUGAAAUAAUAUGACCAAUGAUCUUUGAAAUACCGGGGGCGAAUAACAAGUUAGUACAACUCAUUGUGCCCAUACUAGUGAUACUAGGUUUAGGGUACUAUGAUUUUGUUUCAUGCUAUUCAUUAGGGUAUCAACAAAUUUAUAAGUAUCAUUCACAUGGAGUAGCUAUUAGUCUAUGGGUAUUGGUAGGAUUCAUAGAAGUUACAUUAUUUUUAUAUUGGAUAUUGAUAUUUAUUAUUGGACCUGGGAAGGCACCUAAAUUAGCACCAUUUGAUAUUUAUAAUGAACAUUCACAAGACCUAACUACUUUACCAGAUAUUUUCUUAUGUGAUAAAUUUGGAUAUCCAUAUUAUAAUUCUCAUACAGAUUCAUUAACAAUACCAAGAUCGUUCUAUCUGAAACAUACAGAAUAUAUGGUUUUAAAAUAUGAUCAUUACUGUCUUUGGAUAGGAUCUGUCAUUGGAGAAAACAAUUAUUUAUUCUUUAUGAAAUUUAUGAUUUGGUUCUUUUUACUUUUCUUUGUACCUUUAAUAUAUUUGAUAAGGUAUGUCCCUUCUCAAAUUUCUCGAGAAGGUGAAAUUAAUCAUAAUUUUAUACCUAUGUUUAUUUUUUGUGGAUUUUGGCUUAUAAUGAUUGGUGCUUUAUUUGGAGUACAUUUUAAAUAUGUAUGCAUCAAUAUGACAACUUUUGAUGAAAUCACAAUGACUCAAAAGAAGAUAUAUAGACGUUGGAAAUAUAAUAGUGAAUCUUACAAGAAGAGUCAUCGCAAGCCUAGAAAGGAAAAUGGGAAACGAUUUGUAAAUAUUAAAAAGGAUAAUUUACGAUUAGUAGUUCAAUUCGAUAUAGAAGAUCAUCCUUACAAUAUGGGAUUUAAAAAAAAUUGGAUUAAUUUAGUUUUUAAUGGGAAUAGAAAUCAUGGCCUUGAUUCAGAAUUUUACACUGGCAAUAAAUUGGCAUAUACAUUCCUUAUACUCUUGAUACCAUUUGUGGAUAUACCAAUUGCAUUUAAAAACCGUACGACAAUUGCCUCCAUUGAACAAGUAGAUCCCGAAUCCAGAUACUCAGAAUAUAAACGAAAUUCUAGCACAAUAAAUCCCGAUUUCUUACAAUCUUUAUACAGGAAAAUUGAAUACAAAGAUUGUUACUUGGCCCAAUACUUAUCCCCAGAAAUUCUUGCUACUUAUACAAACCACCGAUCUAAAGUGGAAGUCUCUGAUGACGAUGAUAAUUAUAAUGAGCCUAAGGCUGCCCCUUCACUGGAUAAGAAUAGUCCACUGACAAAGACUACUGUACUGGACGACCCUAUAUAACAAACUCCUUCUUCUUCUAAAUAGUCACUAUAAAUUUUUAGCACCCAAAUUAAGUUAUGGUGCUUAUGUGCAGGUCACUCUAUAUUAAUAAAUUUAUUUCUUUGACUA